CCCUGGGAAGAAGGCGGCGGCGGCGGCGGCGGCGAAGGCGGGGGCGCCGUGGGGGCCGGGCAGUGUUUACACAGCGGCGGGCGGGCGCGGACGCGGAACCCGGCGCGGCGGCGGCACGAUGGUCAUGGCGUAUUUCGUCGAGAAUUUUUGGGGGGAAAAAAAUAGUGGCUUUGAUGUCCUCUACCAUAAUAUGAAACAUGGACAGAUAUCGACAAAAGAACUAGCAGAUUUUGUAAGAGAAAGAGCUACAAUAGAAGAGGCAUAUUCCAGGUCAAUGACAAAACUAGCAAAAUCUGCAAGUAAUUAUUCACAACUUGGAACAUUUGCACCAGUGUGGGAUGUGUUCAGAACAUCUACAGAGAAAUUAGCAAAUUGUCACUUGGAUCUUGUUAGAAAAUUACAAGAAUUAAUAAAGGAAGUUCAGAAGUAUGGAGAAGAACAAGUAAAAUCUCAUAAAAAGACUAAAGAAGAAGUUGCAGGAACUCUGGAAGCUGUCCAAACCAUUCAGAGCAUAACUCAGGCCCUCCAGAAAGCCAAGGAAAAUUACAAUGCCAAGUGUGUAGAACAGGAGCGUUUGAAAAAGGAAGGAGCUACACAAAGAGAAAUAGAAAAGGCAGCUGUUAAAUCUAAGAAAGCUACAGAUACUUAUAAACUUUAUGUGGAAAAAUAUGCAUUAGCAAAAGCUGAUUUUGAACAGAAGAUGACAGAAACAGCUCAGGUCCAUGAAGAAUUUAUAAAUAACAUGGCUAACACUACAGUUGAAAGUUUGAUACAAAAAUUUGCUGAGUCAAAAGGCACUGGGAAGGAAAGACCUGGUCUUAUUGAAUUUGAAGAAUGUGACCCUGCUAGUGCAGUUGAAGGCAUGAAACCAAGGAGAAGAAAGCCUUUUGCUUUGUCGGGAAUAAUUAAAAAGGAAAAGGAUGCAGAAUCUGUGGAAUGCCCUGAUGCAGAUUCACUUAACAUUCCUGAUGUAGAUGAAGAAGGCUAUAGUAUUAAACCAGAAGCAAAUCAGAAUGAUACCAAAGAGAACCAUUUCUAUUCAUCUAGUGAUUCUGACUCUGAAGAUGAAGAACCAAAGAAGUAUCGGAUAGAAAUCAAGCCUGUACAUCCAAAUAACUCCCAUCACACAAUGGCUUCUUUAGAUGAAUUGAAAGUGUCUAUAGGGAAUAUAACACUCUCUCCAGCAAUAUCUAGACACAGUCCAGUACAGAUGAAUCGGAAUUCGUCUAAUGAGGAGUUAAAAUCAAAGCCAUCCGCUGUACCUAAUGAGAAAGGGACCAGUGAUUUACUUGCUUGGGACCCCCUGUUUGGACCAUCUCUUGAUUCAUCUUCUUCAUCUUCACUAACUUCGUCAUCAUCAGCCAGGCCUACAACACCUCUUUCUGUAGGCACCAUCGUCCCACCUCCAAGACCUGCUUCCAGACCAAAGCUUACUUCAGGCAAACUCAGUGGGAUUAAUGAAAUACCCAGGCCAUUCAGCCCACCUAUAACUUCCAACACCAGCCCACCUCCUGCCGCUCCUUUAGCCCGGGCAGAAAGUUCUUCCUCUAUCUCAUCAUCUGCUUCAUUAAGUGCUGCCAAUACUCCAACAGUAGGUGUGUCAAGGGGUCCCAGCCCUGUCAGCCUUGGAAAUCAAGACACCUUACCUGUGGCAGUUGCCCUUACAGAAUCUGUUAAUGCCUACUUUAAAGGAGCAGAUCCCACCAAGUGUAUUGUGAAGAUCACUGGUGACAUGACAAUAUCAUUUCCAAGUGGAGUUAUUAAAGUCUUCACUAGCAAUCCAUCUCCAGCUGUGCUGUGUUUCAGGGUGAAAAAUAUCAGCAGACUGGAGCAGAUUCUUCCAAAUGCACAACUUGUGUUCAGUGAUCCAUCACAAUGUGAUUCCAACACAAAAGAUUUUUGGAUGAACAUGCAAGCUGUUACUGUCUACCUCAAGAAGCUAUCAGAGCAAAAUCCAGCUGCUUCUUAUUAUAAUGUAGAUGUAUUAAAGUAUCAGGUAUCAGCAAAUGGCAUUCAGUCCACUCCUCUGAAUCUUGCAACAUACUGGAAAUGUAGUGCUAGCACCACAGAUCUUAGAGUGGAUUAUAAAUAUAAUCCAGAAGCUAUGGUGGCACCUACUGUGCUUUCCAACAUACAGGUGGUGGUACCAGUGGAUGGAGGAGUCACAAACAUGCAAUCCCUUCCCCCUGCAAUAUGGAAUGCAGAACAAAUGAAAGCCUUUUGGAAAUUGUCCGGUAUUUCAGAAAAAUCAGAAAAUGGAGGUUCUGGGUCCCUCAGAGCAAAAUUUGAUCUUUCAGAAGGACCUGGUAAACCCACGACACUUGCAGUGCAAUUCCUCAGCGAGGGAAGUACCCUCUCAGGAAUAGAUGUUGAACUUGUAGGCACUGGUUAUAGGCUUUCCUUAGUAAAGAAGCGGUUUGCCACUGGACGAUACCUGGCAGAUUGUUGACGGACCUGGGAAAGUGGUUUGGCCCGAGGGAGUAGUACAAACUUGCCAUUCUGCAUUAUCUGUUCUUUCCAAACACUCUUCUAACUUGUAUGAUGUUUUUCAAACUUAGACUUAUUUGAGAACUGACUACAAACAUUAAAUUGCACUUUUAAAGUGAGUCUUUGAAAGAAAAUAGCACUGAAAUGAUUUUCUAUGCUGUAAAUGAUCAACUGCAAUAUUCAGGAAGCACAUGAUUCAGAUUCUCAGUAAAAAUGAAGUUUUCAUAGACCAGAAUUUUUAAUUAUCUCCAAUGUCUAUGUUGAAAAAAGGGGUUUAUAGGGUAAUAUCAGGCCUAAAAUUUCAGGAGAAAAUACAAAAUAAUUUAGCUUUCCAUAAAUUUUUAGAGUUAGCUUUGAAAUUUUAUAAGUUUGCUAUUGAAUGGAUAAGAACAGAACAUGAAUUCUAAGUUUUGGAUAAUGUUAACUCAGAACACUCAAUCAAAUUGAGUUUUGUGCCAUACAGUAAUCAGACCAGAGUCCAAGUUGUAUGCAAAAAAUCUAUAAUUUGAUUCUCAUAAACAUAUUAAUAAAGUGUAAAUGGUGUUUUAUAUGAUAUUUUAAAAUUUUUAAGUGCAAUGUGUUUUAAAAUAAGCUUGCAAAAGACAGCAGAGAAAUUUACUUCUGCAGUUAGUUAACUUUAUAGAAGUUGUGAUUGUUUUGAUGAAUUAAUGCUAUAGAUUUAAUUUAUUUUUAUAUGAAUUGCAUAAUGUGUGCCUUUUAAAACAAUAACAAAACCCAGAAAUGUGCCUAUCCAGUUUGUGUUCAUUAAUGUGCCUCACUUUUUUUCUCACAGUCUGGAUCUUCUAUUUAGAAUCUUAUAGUGGUCAAGCAUUUUUAUAAGAUAUUUACAAUUUUUGUAAAUACUUUUGGCCUGCAUUUAGGAAGGGAAUUCAUAGUAACUAAAGGAUAAUUUAUACUUAAGAACCCUGGCUCACUUCUUUGGUGAUACACUAUAGCCACUAGAAAGAGAAAUAAACCUAAUGGUAUGUGUUUACAGGGGAAAAAAUUACCUUCAGAUAUUCAACAUUAACCUCAUCAAAAGUAUGCGAAUUUUAAAACAGAUGAAUUCUGAAAAACUAUAAUGAUAAAUUGGUAAUUCGUAUUUUAACUCUCACUUUAGCAUUUCCCUUGACUCCUUAUCAUUGAAAAUUUACACAUUUAUUUACCGAUUGUAUUGUGAACAUGAGUUUUGUAAUAUUUUGUGAGGAAUACAAAAGAUUAAUUUUGGCAACAGAGGGAGAAGCACUGCCAUUUGUUUUUAUUUCAACAAUUGGGAAAAUUACUAACUUACACAUUUUUAUUCUUAUUUAAUUCUCACCUGGUAAAAAUAGGGAAAUUAUUUGAAGUAAAGGAUUGAGUUAAGCAUUUCUUAAAAUAAACUACUAAUCCUAGAUAGUAAAAAACCUAACUUUAUAGCAAAUCCUGAUUAAUCAAGAAAUGAAAUAUUUUGGACAAAGUUUCAUAAUUUACAAAUGGGAAUUUUAUUAUAAUGAGAAAUACCACUGUCCUUUAUUUUGCAUAGAAGUGGUAAAUUGUGUUACAUAUGAUAAUUUAUAUAAAACCACUGAUUAUUCUGUUAAGCUUUACAGAAAAUAAAACCCCUAUUAAUAUUAGACAUUUAUGUAACAUCUUGCUAUACUAAAUACAGCAGAAAAUCUACUCUUUAGCAAUCUUUCACACAGUAUGUGCUUUUUUAUAUAUUCAGUGUUAGCCCAAUUCUAAAUUUAGACUUGACUAAAGCAACACGUAAGACAGUUUGCUAAAAUGUUAAUCAUUACUAAAUAGUGAGCAAAAUUAGAAUUUCUAACUCUUAUGUUGUGUUCUUUUGAAUGUCAGUUACAGCCCCUUCCUGGAAUUUUAACUGUAAUCUACUUUGCAAUCAAACUGCUUUUAUUGAGCAGUUAAUAUUUUAUUAUUGGAAAUCAGACAUUAUUAUAUUCACCAUGUUUGUUUUUAAUCAGGUAUUACCUAAAAAUCUACAAAUUAGUGAAAUGGUUAAACUUCUGCACUUUCUUAAUUACCACAGUCUUCAUACCAAGUGUUGAUAUAUAAAUUUGUAUUUGUAUUGAGUACAGGUUACAAUUUUGAAGCCAUAUGAAUUUAUAUUGAUUUUUUUUUUCAUUUAAAAAUCCACUAAUGGUGUAAGAAAGACCAGUAGAUUCAAUGGGAAAUGUAUCUAGCAAGCUGGUUCUUGCUUAUAUAUAGUGAUAAACUUUGUGGCUGCCUCUUUAACGAAGAAUUUGUAAACACAACUCUAACAAAUGUGAGUUUUUAAGGAUUGUUAUUUACUACUUGGGUUGUAAUUAAAACAAUGCACAUCUAUCUUGCAAAAUUUUGUAAAUAUUUUUGAUUUUUUUCAUAAAAUGUAAAUUUUACAUAAAAGUUGUGCCCUUAAUAAACAUGUAAUAUAUAAUUUA